CAACGCCUCUCCCCUGCCCCUCCCUAGUCCUCGGUCUCGACUAGCAUCGCGAGCUGCACUGCUCUGCUCCCCUGCUGCUGUUCUGCUUCCCCUUACUGCUGCAGCUGACGAGCCGAGCUGAGCUCAGCCUCCUCCCACGACGUUCGCUCCUAGCCGAGUAGAGUGCAUACGCUCGCUCACUCACCACACCAGCAGCCAUGGUGGCGAUCACGGCGCCGAGCUCGAUCGAGCAGAUCCCGCUGGUGCAGUGUCCCAGGGCCAAUGCGAGCGCGGCCAUCCCGUGCGUGGACCUGUCGGCGCCGGGCGCGGCCGCGGCGGUGGCCGACGCGUGCCGCGGCGUGGGCUUCUUCAGGGCGACCAACCACGGCGUGCCGGCGCGCGUGGUCGAGGCGCUGGAGGCCCGCGCGAUGGCGUUCUUCGCGCUGCCCGCCCAGGAGAAGCUGGACAUGUCCGGCGCCGCUCGCCCCAUGGGGUACGGCAGCAAGCGCAUCGGCUCCAACGGCGACGUCGGGUGGCUCGAGUACCUCCUCCUCUCCGUCAGCGCCAACACCGUCAAGAUCUCCUCCCUGCCGCCCUCGCUCCGAGCGGCAUUGGAGGAGUACACGGCGGCGGUGAGGGAGGUGUGCGGGCGGGUGCUGGAGCUCAUAGCGGAGGGGCUGGGCGUGGACAGGUCCCUGCUGCGUGCGAUGGUGGUGGGGCGGGAAGGCAGCGACGAGCUGGUGCGGGUGAACCACUACCCGCCCUGCCCGCUGCUGCCGCCGGUGGACUGCGGCGUGACGGGGUUCGGGGAGCACACGGACCCGCAGAUCAUCUCCGUGCUCAGGUCCAACAGCACGGCUGGCCUGCAGAUCAAGCUCCGGGACGGCAGGUGGGUCCCCGUGCCCCCCGCCCCGGAAUCCUUCUUCGUCAACGUCGGAGACGCGCUGCAGGUCCUGACGAACGGGCGGUUCAAGAGCGUGAAGCACCGGGUGGUGGCGCCGGAAGGGGCGCAGUCACGGCUGUCGGUGAUCUACUUCGGCGGGCCGGCGCCGUCGCAGCGGAUCGCGCCGCUGCCGGAGGUGAUGCGGGACGGGGAGCAGAGCCUGUACCGGGAGUUCACCUGGGCCGAGUACAAGACCGCCAUGUACAAGACCCGCCUCGCCGACCACCGCCUCGGCCCCUUCGAGCUGCGCGCCACCAACACCAACAGCUGCGUGCCGCCGCCGCCGCCGCCCAGCGUCGACCCGUACUGCAACGGCAGCGGCAUCUGCAUGCCGCAGCCGCCGCCGCAGCAGCAGCAGGUGGCAGAGGUGCACUAGUAGUAGACUAGACCACCGCCACACUACUGGUACUCCUACUACACUAGCCUACCGUGCCUGCUACUGCCUACUAGCUUCGUGGAGAGCAGUGCCAGGCUAGGCUAGCUGCUGCCCUGGUGCCCAUGGUGGUGGCCUGAUCCAUGGCCAUGGACCAUGGAGCGAGUCCACCGCCGUCCACCUCUCCUUCCUUUUGUUUAAUCCAUAUCGGGUAACUGAAAUGUAACAGUAACCCGGUGGCUUGGCCAUGGCCGGUCCAAGACUGGAGGAAGCCUGCUGCUUCGCGCUGCAGGUUGGCUCUCUGCGCCGCACCUGAGCCUGAGCCUGAUCGACCGCUGCCUAGCUUCGUGUACAUGGCCGUGUCCUUGUAGUUUGUGGUAGUAGCUGAUACUGUCUGUGGUACUGUGGUAGUGAUGUUGUUUGCAUGUCGUCAUGCUGCUGCCACUUUUGUUGCUUAGGAUAGGAGUACUCCUACUCUAAUCUGUCUUACUAAACCUAAACGGCAGGCAGGCGCCGUAGUUUGCUUACUCCUGCUGCUGAUGCUGCUUGUUGUCUGUACAUGAGCAAGCAGGGCUGUGUGGAUGAUGUGUAGCUGCAUCUGUGACGGCGACAGGAACUGUGAAGCCUUUGUAAAGGGAAGUAAGACUAGUAGACUAGCAAUUUCACGUGCACAUGCCGUCCCAAUUCC